AUGGGUUCCGAGUCGACCCAACAAGCUUCUGCAGAGGUGGCAGCAGUGAUAGCAGAGUUGAAGACAGAUGAGACAUUUCUAUCCUCGCGCAUCCAAAAAUGCUACCCAUGCAAUCCAUUGCAGGGCUUGUUGAUGAACUACUCGUCCAACCGCUCCCUUUGUAUUUUGCAAUAUGUCUUGGAUCUUCCUCCCAAAAUUGAGCUCCCACGCUUUCAACAUGCCUGGAAUCGGGUUGUUGCGUCCUGCGAAAUUCUUCGCACCAGGAUAUUUAUGACCAGCAUGGGAGCUAUGCAAGUUGUCAUGGAUGAAGGCUCUCUAUGGGCCUCUGAUAACUCUCUGACAGUAUAUCUGAGCAAAGAUCUCGAACUGCCCAUGGGGUACGGUUUGCCACUUUCUCGAUCCGGCCUCAUUGGACAGCAGAAGGGAUCUACCGACCGAUUCUUUGUUCUCACUAUUCAUCAAUCUGUCCACGAUGAUCAUACUUUGACCGUGCUCUUGAAUCAACUAUGUUCGGAGUAUCAGGCCUCCGACCAGGACGAAAUGAACAAAAUCGAAUGUGUGCCUUUGAAAGCCUUCGCUCAGCAACCACUUGGAAAGGAUGAAGCAACAAAAGGAGCAGUCUACCCCUUUAAUCAGAUAACAACAGCAUGGGAUCCUCUGACUGGGGGAAUUGACUGGGUUCCAAACCAGGUCUACGCGUCGUCAAUUGUGGAGGAAGAGGCACUGAUUGGGGGGCUGGACACAUCGAAUGCCCAAGCCUCGAAUAUUUUAUAUUCGGCAUGGGCUAUUGUCCUCAGCCUGUACGCACAAUCAGCGGACGUGACCUUUGGCACCAUUCAGUCACACCGCAAUGAAGAAAUCCCUGCUGGCGCGACUGGUGAAUUUACCGGCCCAGAGUUGUUUUUGGCGCCAGUACGCGCGGAAUUCAAUCGGGAGGAGACCACGAUGGGACUUGUUUCACAAAUGCAAAAUAUCAUCGAUAGCCAAAAUGACUCCGGAAAGAUUGGUGUCGAUGGUAAAACACCAGGAGAACCAUUUUCCAGCCUGUUAUAUAUCCGAGGACCCGUCAAAAAGGUCUUUCAGUGCGGUGAGCAAACGAUGAACUUGUUCUGCCCGCAAACGCGAAAAUAUCCCUAUCCACUCCUCCUGGAAUGCCAUGGUCAACAAAAUCUCCAUGUUGUGGCGCAUUUUGAUGAGUCAAUCUUUUCUCGCAAGCGCGUGACAUGUUUCCUUCAUCAGUUUCUACAUGUUGCUCGACAACUAGCGAUCGCAUUCCCAACACAGAAGAUCCGCGACAUUGAAGUUCUAAGCCCCCACGACAAAGACCAGAUUUGGAAAUGGAAUGAUCGGCCUAUUACUUCGAUAAACCGAUGUAUUCACCAUGUCUUCGAAGAGGUUGCGGCUCGAUCCCCAGAUCGCAUUGCCAUCGAUGCAUGGGAUGGUAAACACACCUACAAGAGCCUCGAUGAGCAGUCUAAUAGACUUGCACACGCACUACGACAAAUUGGAGUCGGACCAGAAGUCAUCGUCGCCUUAUGCCUUGAUAAAUCCAAGCAGGUUCCAGUCUCAAUACUAGCCAUCCAGAAGGCUGGUGGUGCGUGCCUUACAUUAGACACUCAGCAGCCUGUCAGCAGACUAAAGUCUAUCAUCACCGACGGCGGAAUAAGCAUCAUGCUGGCCGAUGAAGCGCACAUGUCGCUUUGUGAAAGCCUGGUGCCUCGCGUCAUCUGCGUGGACGAAGAAGCACUGAGAUCCCUUUUGGAACGCCCUGACUUGGGGGACCGUGCGGUGCAUACAGAGACUGCCACCUCUGUCAAUCGGGCAUUUGUUCUAUAUACUUCGGGAAGCACAGGUUCUCCCAAGGGAAUCGAUGUCCCGCACUCAGCGAUGUGUACCUCUAUAUUCGCGAUAGGAAAAAAUUAUAACGUCUCAUCCGACUCGCGCAUUUUUCAAUAUUCCAGUUAUGGCUUCGAUGUUAGUGCUGGUGAUAUGUUCCUUGCGAUGUUCCACGGUGCUUGCCUCUGUAUUCCCUCGGAAUAUGACCGUGUGAACAAUUUGGAGCGAUCCAUUUGCGACUUCAAGGCAAACUGGUUGUGCACAACACCUUCCGUGCUAGGACUUUUGAACCCAGACAAGGUUCCAUGCCUUAAGGCAGUAGCCAUCGGUGGUGAGGCUCUUCCAAAGCACAUAACCCUUCAAUGGGCACCGCGAGUUCGAUUUCAGACAGGGUAUGGGCCCAGCGAAACGGGAGUUUUUACCUCUGUUCUGCAGGUUGAAAACAACCAACAUCCUAAUUCCAAUAUUGGACAUGCCCUUGGUUGUCACCACUGGAUUGUCCACCCAGAUGAUUACAAUCAGCUAGCACCACUAGGCUGUCCCGGGGAAUUGGUGAUUGAAGGACCCACGGUUUCUAGGGGUUAUCUUAACCGCCCGGACCUCACAUCAAGCGUCUUCCUCCGUCAGCCCAUGUGGUUUGACCGACAGCAGUCUCGGCUACCAUCUCGUUUCUAUAAGACAGGUGACAUUGUCAAGUAUGACGAUGAUGGAAAGCUCAUUUUCGUGGGUCGGAAGGACUCGCAGAUUAAAUACCAUGGCCAGAGAAUCGAGCCAGCAGACAUCGAGUUCAAUAUCAGCCAACAUCACCUUGUAGUUGAGGCCGUGGUGCUGUUCCCGUCCGAAGGCCCCUAUUCCGGUCGACUUGUUGCUGCUGUUGCAAUGGAGCAAGCAAUACUCCCCCCUUCGCAUGAUGAAUCCAUUGUCAUCAUUGAUCCGGACACACUACAACGCCAUCUUAAAAAAGUGCGCAUAUGUACGGAGAAGGAGCUUCCCCCAUUCAUGUGGCCCACAGACUGGCUUCUCAUGUCGAAGCCACCAUUGAACAAUAAUGGCAAAAUGAAUAGGAGACAGAUCCGUGACUACGUGGAAAGAAUGGGAAAACCCGCGGCCCAGACCGAGGAGCCGCCUUCACCCACUUACUCCCCUGCAAGUCAAAAGCAGUUGAAUCAAUGGCAGCAAGUCAUGCAAGCAGAGUGUAGUGCCAUCCUACAUCUCGACGUCUCAGAAAUCUCAAUGGAGUCCUCAUUUGUUAGCCUUGGUGGCGACUCACUUACGGCGAUCCGACUCGUCAGUGUCUGUCGAGAAAAAGGCAUUCGGCUGGAUGUGAGAGAUAUUCUAAGAGGCAUCAAGUUGGAAGACCUGCCCUGCAGCGGACCAGAAAGUUCUCUGGCAGUUUCCCUUCCGCAUGAACAGCGCGAGCCGCAAGUCGAGAUCUGCGCUGAAGCAGCUGAAGCCCCCGAACCACACAGUCUCACUGUCGAGAGUAUCUCCAGUAUCAGUGGCAUUCCUAUUCAGGAUAUUCAAGUCAUACACCCAUGCUAUCCCAUCCAGGAAGGCAUUCUUUUGAGUCAGUCCAGGAACCAGGCCCUUUAUCAGACAACACACACAUUCGAGAUCACGAGUGGUGGGGAUCAAAGAUCAACGCCGAAUAUUCAAAAAAUCACCUUGGCGUGGAGAAAGGUGAUCGAGCGCCAUGAUGCACUGCGGGUUAUUUUCUUGGAGAUCCCUGAUCACGCACAACCCUUUGUUCAGGUUAUUCUACGGCAUCCGUUGGUACAGGUGACCCAGCAUGCCAGUAAAUUAGAGUUGCUCAACUGCCCAGACGAAAGCUUCGCUCCAUUAAAGCCUCCACACAGGCUUCGAAUUGCGCCCUUAAGAGACGGUGUCUUCAUUUGCAAACUUGAAAUGAGCCAUGCUAUAACGGAUGGAAUGUCGAUGGAGCUUAUAUUCCGGGAUCUAGUCCAGGCAUGUGAUGCAUCAAAUCCUUUCCCGGUGCCACUAUCGAAGACGAUUUAUGGCGACUACAUCAAGUAUCUCCGCAACCAGGAUAGAGAUGCAGGCAUGAGAUAUUGGAUGAAGUACCUCAAAGAUGCGGACGUCUGCCACCUAAAAAUGUCGGUGCUGGCUCAACCACCAUCUCCCCCUGCGCUCCAAUCAUGCAGCAUUGAUAUUCCGUUGCAGCAGACAACGCGUGAUGUACUGAGAAGACAAAGCAUGACAGUUGCAGAUCUCCUUCAACUCACUUGGGCAAUUCUUCUUGGAGCAUACACUGACCAAGAAGAAAUUUGCUUUGGGUAUAUAAACUCAGCCCGGGCGGCACCAUUGGGUGGAAUUGAGGAUAUUGUUGGAGCGUUUGUCAACCUAGUCACUUGCCGACUUGCUAUCAAAAAGGAACAAACCCCUCUCGAGUUGAUGGCAACACAGAAGAAUGACUUUAUUGCAAGUAUUCCUCAUCAACACGUCUCCAUGGGCGAUGUUAUGCAUGGCCUCGGCAUGUCUACGGUACCUCUGUUCAAUACCCUGGUCUCUAUCCUUAGACAAACCAGCCCAGAGCUUGGCUCAGAGUCUAAGACCCGUUUGAGGAGUAUUGAGGUCUAUGAUCCAACUGAGUACGAUUUGACGGUGACAGCAUACAUUGCUCCAAGUACAGUGACGGUGCGUUUUGAUUACUGGACAGACAAGGCCUCUAGUGACUCUAUCCAAAGACUCGCUACGUCUUUCGGCCACAUCUUCCACGCUACCAUCUUUGCACCCCGUUCACCACUCAAGGAAUUGAGGUUGAUCAGUGACUCUGAUCUCGUUGAAAUUGAGAAAUGGAACAACAAAAUUCCACGGAUUAUGGAAAAUUGUAUUCAUGGAGUGAUAUCUGCACAAUCCCAGGAAGUCCCGCAGAAUCAAGCCUUGUGCUCAUGGGAUGGUGAGCUAACUUACGACGAACUGGAUGCUAUUUCGGACACAUUCUCAGAGUACCUAAAGAGCAUGGGGGUGCGACCCGAAGUUUCUGUGCCUUUCUGUUUUGAGAAGUCCGUCUGGGCUAUCGUUGCGAUGAUUGCCAUUCUCAAGGCCGGUGGUGCAAUUGUUCCGUUGGACCCGACACAUCCCAUUUCGCGCCGCUUGGAGAUAUGUCGUCAGGUGGACGCCCGAAUAAUCGUUGUCCCAAGUGGCCAUAGUAUGCAAGAGCAGUGGUCCGAAUCUGAGCUGAGCGUGGUGGAAAUUUCGAAUACCAGAUAUCAACAACUGGUGGCGGAGAGGCCCAAUCCGGCUGGUCUUCAAGCCACUCCCAGUUCACCAGCCGACAGCGCUUAUAUUGUGUUCACCUCGGGUACAACUGGGGAGCCGAAAGGAAUUGUCACAGAUCAUCGCUCAUUCUGUUCUGGUGUAGCAGCUCGGUCGCAGGCGAUUAUGCGAUCCUCCGAGAGCCGGGUCCUGCAGUUCGCCUCUUUUGCUUUCGACACCUGUCUUGAAGAAAUCCUGACCACCCUGAUGGUUGGUGGAUGCGUAUGCAUACCGUCAGAGCAGGAGCGUCUUAGUGAUUUGGCAGGGGCUAUCAAGAGAAUGAACGUGAAUUCCGCGGAGUUGACUCCCUCGGUGGCCAAGCUACUGCAACCCGAAGAGGUUCCAUCAUUGAAAGUUUUGCUUCUUGGCGGAGAGCAGGUUACUGCAGACCUUGUCACGCAUUGGGGCGAGGCAGUCACGCUUAUAAACUCAUACGGGCCCGCUGAGUGCUCCGUGACAAGCGUCGUGGCUGCUCCGUAUCAACCUAAUUCAAGCAUUUCCCAUGCGAGCAACAUCGGAUUUGGGGUGGGAGCAUUGACCUGGGUUGUGAGCAGUCACAAUCACGACCAACUGGUCCCCAUUGGUGGUGUGGGAGAGUUGUUGAUUGAAGGGCCAAUACUUGCUAGGGGAUACCACGGCAGGCAAGAUCUCACGGAUGCCAGUUUCAUCACAGAUCCAUCAUGGGCUAAGAAAUCAGACUCACCUCCCCGUCGAUUCUACAAAACGGGCGACCUUGUGCACUAUGCGCCCGAUGGGUCCUUGAUAUGCCUUGGGCGCCGAGAUGGCCAAAUCAAGCUUCACGGCCAGCGCAUUGAACUAGAUGAGAUCGAUUCAUGUCUCCUCUUACAUUCACCGUGGAGAGGUGAUGUUGCCUCCUGUUUGGCAACGAGCACCAGUGCCUCGGGAAAAAGCCUCAUCGCCGCGUUCUUCUCGACCUCUCCACAAUCCUGGCAGAUUGGGACGGAAUUUAAUAUCCUACCACUGUCGGACAGUGCGCGAGCGCAAAUGUUAGAUGUUGAGGCCAAAUUGGCAUCUUCUCUCCCAAUAUAUAUGCGACCCAGCCUUUAUGUCCCGGUUGACAAAAUUCCCACAAGCACAUCUGGAAAGAAGUUCCGGGCCACUCUAACAAGAGCAAUUGAGCAUAUGUCGGAGUCUCAGUACCUGGAUUACUCCCUGGGUACAGCGUCAAGCCAUCAUCAGCCCGAGACUCGAGAACAGAAAAUAAUUCAAGAGCUUUGGUCAAGGGUACUCAAGCUUCCAAUACACCGAAUCGGGAUAUAUGAUGAUUUCUUCCGACUUGGAGGUGAUUCCAUAUUCGCAAUGAAGCUCUGCGCCGUCGCGAGUAAGCAAGGGAGUGCACUUAAUGUCGCUGAUAUCUUCCGGUAUUCCAUACUGCACGAGAUGGCAGAAAGGCUCGCCGAGAGAAUGAAUUUGAGUGCGGGCCAUGCUCCGAUGACAUUGUUCGAAACGGAUCCUUUGCCUUUCUCCUUGCUUCAGGGUACCUGGCCGGACGAGGCACUGGAGGAGGAGAUCGCUACCACUUGCCAUGUUUCAAGAGAAGCGAUCGAGGACGUUUAUCCUUGUUCAGCUAUGCAAGAGGGACUGAUGGCAUUGUCUAUGAGGCAAGACAAUGCCUAUGUCGCGCGGUUGAUUUAUACGAUCCCUGCCACAACGUCAACUAAUCGCCUCAAGUCAGCGUGGAACCUGGUUGCCUCACGCUAUCCGCUCUUGAGGACACGAAUCAUACUUUCACGCCAUUUUGGCUCUCUCCAGGUCGUCAUAAAGGCAGACAGCCCCGAAAUGGACGCUGUACCAUGGGAAAAUUCGCAAUAUUGCGAUCUACAAUCGUUCCUGAAAGAAGAUGAGAAAGCCUCUAUGACAUAUGGUUCAGCACUGUCACGAUGUGCUAUUGUUACCACGCCAACCAAAGCUAGGUUCUUUGUCUGGACGGUGCAUCACGCUAUGUAUGAUGGCUGGCUUCUGCCAACAAUUUUGAAACGGACGAUGCAUGCAUAUCAAAAUGAGGAGGCUGCGGUACAAUGGUCAACAGUUCCUUUCCCUCGUUUUAUAGCAUACCUUCAGACCCGAACACCUCUAGGCUCAGAGGACUACUGGAAGUCAGAACUCGAAGGUUUCCGACAAGUGGACUUCCCAAUCAAGGAUGUUGCACCAGAGGUAAAGCAGCAUCAAGCGUCAAAGGUAUAUCACCAGAUCAAACUCGACAACCAUCACGACCGACGCUUCACUACAGCGACAAUCCUUCGGGCUGCCUGGGCCUUCCUUGUCAGCAAGUACUCAGAGUCCGACGACAUAACCUUUGGAGCCAUUUUGAGCGGAAGAACAGUUCCGGUGGAGGGAAUCACCAAGAUAGGGGGACCCACAUUGACCACUGUGCCUGUCCGUGUUCAUAUCGAUUGCCAACAGCAUGUGGUAGCCUUCCUUCAGGCUAUGCAGGCACAAGCCACUGACAUGAUGCCCCAUGAGCAUGUUGGUCUUCAAAAUAUCAGAAAACUAGGAGAAGGUUCUUUGGAGGCGUGCAACUUCCAAAACCUUCUAGUAAUCCAGCCAAUGGACGAGAAGACCGAUUCGGAUGAAGAGGAUGGCAUCCUCGGACAGCAGAUCCAUGAGGCUGCAGCAAACCCAAAUUUCCACACAUAUCCUCUGGUGCUUUCUUGCACAUUUUCUGAAACGCAAGUGGAUGUAGAAGUCAUUUUCAAUCCGUCGGUCAUGUCACAGCUGCAAAUUGAGCGCCUUGUGCUCCACUUUGAGGCCGUUUCCCAGUGUUUCCGGUCCACUGACAGCACCAAAAGGAUGGCUGAGGUCGAGAUGAUCACGAGUCGAGAUCGUCAACAGAUCAAAACUUGGAAUGAAAAACCCCCCAAGGAGCAGACUCGCCUCGUACAUGAUGUGGUUGCAGAACAGACUUUCUUGCAUCCAGAUUCCGAGGCUGUGCAUGCAUGGGAUGGCUCUCUUACGUACAGAGAGCUUCACCUGUACUCUGCCCAGUUGGCUCUGAUCUUACGGGAAGAGCAUCACAUUGGACCCGAAAAGCUAGUACCACUACUUUUUGAGAAAUCCGUCUGGGCUGUGGUUGCAAUGUUCGGUGUCAUGAAGGCAGGUGGCGGAUUCGUCCCUCUCGACGUCUCCCAUCCGUUGGACAGAAUGAACGACAUAAUUUCUCAGUGCAACGCAGACCUUGCCCUGGUAUCCUCAACCACAUCCACUGUCCCGAUCUCAACGACAAUCAAACUUGAGGUUUCGGAGAGAUUCUUCCAGAGCCUCCAAAGCAACCCCAGCAGUGAAAUCUCAGAUAUAAAGCAACUCGAAUACUCUUCUGAAUUCUCGCCGUUCUACGAUGGUAUCAUACGACCCCCAUCGCGAGACCAGAUGACAGAAAGCGCGAGCUCACACCAAGAAUCAUGGCCACGCACGCCGCCUUCACUUCCGACUGAUUCAGCAAACCCGGACACGCCCAGUACACUUGACAUAUCGACUCCCAAAAGCAACUUCUCCAGAAGGGCAGCUCACUCAAACCUUUCAGUGUCGACAAUCGACGGCGGUGACUUAAACCUAGGUGAAAGUGUCAAGCCAAACAAUGUCGUCUAUGUCAUAUUCACGUCCGGUAGUACCGGGAAGCCCAAAGGAGUUGUCAUCCAGCACGAUCAAUUUUGCUCUGGAGUGAUUGGUCCUCGUCAAGAAGCUCUACUUCGUUCAGAUAAGAGUCGAGUUCUUCAAUUUGCAUCUUUUAGCUUCGACACUAGCUUAGAAGAUAUUAUCACCACUCUCUUUUUCGGUGGAUGCGUGUGCAUUCCUUCCGAGGAUGAUCGCGUGAAUGAUAUCGCCGGCUUCAUAAACAGAUCGGGUGCCAAUACAGCACACAUCACGCCAUCCUUUGCGAACACUUUAUCUCCCCAGUCUGUCCCAGGGCUCAAGUAUCUUCGUCUUGGGGAGAAAAGAAUGACGCCCACUCAUAUAUCCAAAUGGGCCCUCGCUCUCGAGUUGAGGAAUGCCUAUGGCCCCACAGAGACCAGCAUUACGGCCACCUGUAGUGGGACCGUCACCCUCUCUUCAGACCCCAUAGAUAUUGGACAUGGGGUUGCUGCCCUAACGUGGAUUGUCAAUCCAGAAGACCAUGACCAACUCACACCCCUUGGUCUUGUGGGAGAACUGCUGGUCGAGGGCCCUUUGUUGGCACGUGGUUACCUUGGCGAUGCAGCAAAAACCAACGCAUCAUUCAUUACCAAUCCGAAAUGGGCCCGAACCCCAGGCAAGAACAGUCUCCGGAGGUUCUACAAAACGGGCGAUCUCGUGAGAUACGGUGAGGUAGGAAACCUUCUCUACAUUGGACGCAAGGACACGCAGAUCAAGAUCUAUGGGCAACGAAUCGAGAUCGGAGAAAUUGAAGACCAUUUAAAGAAGGCUCUUCUGCCAAGAUCAAUCGACAUGGCCGUGGAGGUGACCACCGUCUUGGCCGAUAAUCUUGAAAGAAAAGUACUCGUUGCCUUCUUGUGCUUGGAUGAUACAUUCGAAAGCGAUGGCGGUGCACUUGUGGCCCUCACGCCUCCCAUCGAGAGCCAACUUCGUGAGCUCACAUCUCACAUCAUCUUGAACCUUUCCAAAACUCUCCCGGCCUACAUGAUCCCGUCGCGCUACAUUCCACUCCGGUCAAUGCCUCGAACAUUGGCCGGCAAAGCGGACAGACGGAAGCUGCAACAAAUCCUCACAUCCAUGAGCUCGGAAGAUUUGUUGGCAUAUUCACUAGAGAGUGGGCAGAAGCAGCCGCUAGAAUCCGAAACAGAGUUUGAGCUCCAGCGACUCUGGGCAGAAGUUUUGGCCGUUGAAACUAGCAGCAUUGGUGCCCAUGACAGCUUUUUGCGGCUUGGGGGAGACUCUAUCACUGCCAUCAAGCUUGCAGCCGCUCUUCGUGACCACGGGAUGCCGCUGACCGUUGCGGGCAUCUUUCAGCACCCUGAGCUACGUCAUAUGGCAGCCGAAGUCGAUGCCCUGGGCAACAGGAAUGGAUCAGGAACGGGCACCGAAGACGUGGAGCCAUUCGGACUCUUGACGCCUUCGCCCAAUCUUCUCUCCGAUUUGGUUCAGAUCUGGGAUAUUUCGAAAGAAACGGUGCAUGACGUCUACCCAUGCACGCCCCUACAGGAAGGAAUGCUGGCCGUUGAAGGCAGUGAUACCCAGUCCAGUUACGGCUCCCGUGCUGUCUACGAUCUUCCUGCCAAUGUUGACCUAGAUCGGUUCAAAGCAUCCUUCGAAACAGUGGUUCGAGAGAAUGAGAUUCUUCGGACUCGAAUUGUUUACCUAGAACCCCAUGGCACCCUGCAAGUGGUGACAAAUGACGAGCUCCCAUGGGAUUACCCCCACGACAUCGACCAGGUUCUUGAAACAGACUACUCAUUUGGCCUGGGCACGUCGCUACUUCGAGUCGCACUAUGCCCAACUAAUCAUAACUCCGAAAUAGGAGGAUGGACCUUUAUUUUGACGAUGCACCACUCACUCUACGAUGGCUGGAGUCUCUCUCUCAUACUACAGCAAGUAGAUGACGUCUACCACCAUGGCUUGCCUCUGUCUCAGAAUACGACGCCGCGCUUCAGGGACUUCGUUCGGCAUCUGAGGAAGUCCGAUGCAGAACUGAGCGGCCAAUUUUGGACUUCUCAACUUUCACAGUGCGAUCAAUCUUCCGACAUCCCAUUGCAGAAAGCAAACACAACCAGCUCGCCCAGUGUGAACAGUUCCGUUGAGUCAUACCAUCACAGCAUGCCAAUUCCCAAGCAAAAUACCCGGAGCUCUGAGGUAACCCUGGCAAUCAUAAUCCGAGCCGCAUGGGCCUUGGUUAUACGUGCAUAUUCUGGCUGCAAUGAUGUGCGCUUUGGAUUAUCCGUCGCCGGAAGAAAUGUUCCUGUCCAUGGAAUUGACAAGAUGGUUGGUCCAACACUGGCUACAAUCCCCUGCCGUUUGCAAGUGGAUCCCAAUUGGACCCUUCAAGAGUUCCUCUCUUAUGUCAAUCAGUCAAUGAUCGAUUCCAUUCCACAUGAGCACUUUGGGCUCCAGAAAAUCAAGAAGCUUGGACCUGAUAGCUCCCGCUGCUGCGAUUUCAACAGUUUACUGGUCAUUCAGCCACAGGUGCAGCCGAUGAGGCAAGGCCUUUUCACCUCCUCCCGGGACUUAGAGGCAUUCUUCCAAAAUAACAGCCAGACAUACCCCAUUUUGGUUGAGUGUCAACUGCAAGAAAUAGGGGGUCUAAACAUCGACGUCUCCUACCGGAAAGCAUCGGUUUCUGCCCCGAGACUUGAGCGGAUUGUGUACCUCUUCCAGCACAUGGUGGAGCAACUGUACCACUCAUCUGAUAUGAGCCUUGCGAAUUUGUCUUUGGUUAGCCCCUUUGACUUGAACUCGAUUUCCACGUGGAACCAGUCUGUUCCUGCUCCCGUCAAUACCACAGUCGCUCACAUGCUCAAGGAAAACAUGGAGCAAAGAGCCAGGCUUCAGGCAAUACAUUCAUGGGAUCUCAAACCCACAUACAAGGAGCUCUUUGCGCUGUCCCGGAGGCUCAGCAAUUACCUACGGCUUUGUGGGGUUCAACGCGGUUCCUUUGUGCCUAUAGUGGUGCAGAAAUCGGCGCUCUACAUUGUCUGCAUGCUGGCGGUCAUCUACACAGGAGCUGCCUUUGUUCCAUUAGAUGCGUCUAGCACUCCUGUGGAUCGUAUGAAGGGAAUUUUCGACCAGUGUCAAGCAACUGUGGUGCUAGCAUCUACCGCGAGUGCGAGCGAUAUCAUUGAGUCGGGUCAACUCCGGGUGCUACGAAUCUCACAUCAGCUUUUGGGGCGCCUUCCUGACGAAUCUACAGAUGGUCAAUCUUCAAUGCUUAGCAAGAUUGCACCAGGUGAUCCUCUCUACUGCAUCUUUACCUCGGGUACCACCGGCUCGCCCAAGGGCGUCCUUGUGACACAUCAGGCAUAUGCGUCGUCUGUGGCCGAAAAGCAACAAGGUUACGGGAUAGAUGAUGCAAGCCGUGUGCUUCAAUUCUGUUCCAAUUCAUUCGACAUCAGCAUUGAUGAUAUUCUCAUUUCCUUGCUGAGUGGAGGUUGUCUUUGUGUGCCGUCUGAAGAGGAGCGACGUGACAGUCUGUCGCAAUUCUGCAUUGACGCACAGGUCAACUAUGCUUGCAUAACACCAACAGUGGCCAGGACUCUAGAUGUUGGUCAAGUAUCCCAAUGCCUCAAGAGGCUCCGACUGGGAGGCGAGAAAGUCACGUCAGCCGAUAUCAGCGACUGGACAAUCGCUGGUGUUGACGUGAUCAGCAUCUACGGACCAACCGAAUGUUGCGUUUGUUGCUCUACAUCCCAGUCACUCAUUCCAGGGAAAAUUGAUCCUGCAAAUAUCGGGCUAGGAAUUGCCUGUCGCACCUGGGUGGUGGAUCCUCAGAACCCUAGCUGCCUGUCUCCGAUUAGCGCAGUUGGUGAGCUUCUCAUCGAGGGGCCGUCACUUGCUCGGGGCUAUCUUCACGAUCAGGAGAAGACUUUAAAGGAAUUCAUUGAUCCCCCAGUUUGGUUGAAAAGUAUGUCAGUCGCUGACGUCGGAACAAAAUGCUACAAAACUGGGGACCUGGUUCGAUAUGAUGAUGACGGAAGCUUAAUCUUCGUCAGCCGCAAGGAUACUCAGGUCAAGCUCCGAGGUAUGCGAAUGGAGCUGGAAGAGGUUGAGCAAGCGUUGCGGCAGAUCAAUCUUCCCAACAUCCAGGAUCUCGCGGCGGAGGUUGUUCCAAGUUCAAUGGCGCCCGAUAUCCUACCCACAGACAUCCUGGUUCUCUUCGUUGUCAAAGGUCGUACCGGCGCAGACAAACGGUAUGAUCUCGAUGCUAUUCGAGUAAAGCUCAGGAACAACCUUCCCGAAUACAUGAUCCCCGGGCAUCUCAUCAUCCUGGAUUGUCUACCAACAUCUUCGUCUGAUAAAACAAACCGGCCAGAAUUGCGUCGCCUUGCUGUGGAGAAUAUCCGUCAACGAAAGCAACAGCAACAGCAUCAGCAGGAUAUCCUCCCAACUUCGAAUAGACAUGCCAGGGUUGACUCCGCGGGCGAGGGGUCGACGAUUAUUUACCGAACCCUGCAGGGGAUCUGGGCCGGUAUCUUCAAGAGCGACAUGUCUUCCAUUGGUCCUGAUGCGAAUUUCUUCCAGCUCGGAGGAGAUUCCAUUCUGGUCAUGCGUCUUGUUUCGGGUGCUCGAGCUAAGUCCAUUUACAUCACUUCAGCAGAUGUUCACCAACUCCAGACCCUCUCGGCUAUAGUUUCCAAGGCUAAGUUGCGGGUCACUAAUGAAGGUCAUCAAAGCCUACCACUGACUGAACCCAAAACGGAUCCCACUCCCAUAUCCCCGGAUCUCCGUCUCAUCUCGCUGGAGCUGGGAAUACCUGAGGGAGACAUCGAAAAGGUUCUGAAGGCCACCGACUUCCAAUCAUACUGUUUGGCACAGACUGUCUCCCCGUCACGCGGUUGGCUGAACUACUUUUCCUACGAUCUUCACGGCUCCAUCGACACCGAGAAGUUGAAGUAUGCCUGCCAUGCCCUUGUGGAGCGGCACGAAAUUCUCCGGGCACGUUUCGUCGUUCUACGCGGCUCCGUUCUUCAAGUGAUUCCCCGGUAUCGAGCGGCAGAUGUCCGGUUUGAAGUAUACGAUGAAUCUACCGGGACGCACAAUCCCGACACAUUGACCAGUCUGGUCCACAAUGAUCGCGCGCCAGCAUUGAAUGAUGUGCUCAUCCGCUUCGUGCUUCAUAUCGCCUCACUGGAACGGGUUCGGCUCACGAUACGAAUCUCCCAUGCCCAGUAUGACGGCAUUUGUAUGCCAAUCAUUCAACAGGACCUACACGCAUUAUACAGCGGUCACAAGAUGUCACCUCCACUCAAGUUUUUGACGUACGUGGAAGAAAGUGAGCGACUACUAUCCGAAACCAACGACGCCGAGCACUUCUGGAGCAACCUGCUGCGGGUCUCUAGAGUAACGCCCAUCGUUGUUCGGAAACAACCCAAUCAAUCUCAACCAAAAGAACACCCCCUCGAUCAGAGUACCACCCGUACCGUUCCACUGUCGCGGCUACCCCAUAAUUCCUCAAUCACCCCAGCAACGAUUGUGAAGGCAGCCUGGGCGCUCGUGCUCAGCCGUCUCUCUCAACAUGAUGAUGUUGUCUUUGGUCAUUUGACCAACACCCGCCCCAGCUUGGAUCAUAUGUUUGGUAUAAACGAGGUAGUAGGUCCCUGUCUCAACUUGGUUCCCAUUCGGGUCCAACUUGGCGACAAAACGACUGGGAGUGACUUGCUCGCUGGUGUUCAGCAACAAUAUGUCGAUGCCCUGCCUCACACUAUGAUGGGUUUCCAACGAAUCAUUGAGCGCUGCACCAAAUGGUCGAGAUCGGAACGUUUCAGUUCAAUCCUGCAGUACCAAAACCUGCACCAGGACAUGGAUGAUAUCGUCAUUGGUGAUGCCAAAGGCACUCUCGAGGCGUAUGUCCCAUCAUCGGACGCAGCCGAUUUGUGGAUCAUGGUAACGCCAAUUGAUGGUGGCGGCGGCGACGGGAUGACGGAAAUCAAGGUCAACUUCAGUUCCGCGACGAUAUCUCCUCAAAUUGCAGAGAGCAUCAUCGACGAAUUCUGUCAUGCCAUUGCCAUUCUCCAACAGGACACCGAAGGUGCAUCUGCAAGACUCCUACGGGAUACCCUCGAGCCAUCUCCAUCUCUGCCCAAAUUUCCCGUAUCUCUUGGCGAUCUGCCUGUUAGCGAGGCACAACCCCGAGCGGCCAUUGUUUCUGUCCGGAAGAUCUGGGAGCAGGUUUUCGGCCCUCAGUUCAGUGCAGAUAGAGGAGAUUCACAUUCCCUCCUACACACUCCAUUCCAUGGGGAUUCUCUCAGCGCUGGGCAACUUUCAUCGUCGUUCCGGAAGUCUGGAGUUGACAUUUCUCCUGCGGAAGCGAUUGAUUAUCCGACUAUCUUCCAGCAAAGUCUGCUUUGGAACUACAAACUUCGAGAAGCUAGUCGUUGA